AUAAUAAUAUCAUAUACAGUUCCUUCUUCCCUGUCACUCAACCUCCCCUGUCAAUCACUCACACUUCCGGCUUCCAUCUCCGAUGACCAAUCGGACCACCUGAUUUCCGCAGUUCCUCCUUCCAGAUCCUUCCUCCAACCGCCAUGGCCGACGCUUCCAACGCCGGAAACGAUCACAAACUCCAGAUCUGGCAAGUCAACAAGGACCGACUCACCUGGAUGCACCAGAAAAUCGCCGACACGCCGCGAAUCUUAAACCAAACCGCCGGAAAAUCCUCCUGCUCCAUCUUCAAAGUUCCCCAAUCCUUCAUCGACGUCAACGGCCGGUGCUACCAGCCGCACAUCGUCUCCGUCGGCCCCUUCCACCGCGGCGACCCUCGCCUGAAAAUGAUCGAAGAGCACAAAUGGCGGUUCCUCGGCGGUUUGCUCAAACGAACGGCGGCGAAAGGCUUGAACCUCGAAAACUACCUCGAAGCCGUACAACCGCUCGAGUCUCAGGCCAGAGACUGCUACUCGACGGCGAUCGAUCUCUCCGCCGACGAGUUCGUCGAGCUCCUCGUCCUCGACGGCUGCUUCGUCAUCGAACUUUUCCGGAAGUUCGCCGGCGUCGUCGCCUUCGACGCCGACGAUCCAUUGCUAUCCUUAUCGUGGAUUUACUCCUUCUUCCUCAGAGAUUUAAUUCGAUUGGAAAAUCAAAUCCCCCUUUUCAUCCUCCAGCGGUUAUUUGACCUAACCCUAAUUUCCGAAUCUUCCCCAAAUUUGGUUAACCUAAUUCUCAAAUUCUUCAACAAUGCUCUCCAGAGAUCCGACGAGUUCGUCAACAGCCGCCGGAAUGUCACCGGAAAACACCUCCUCGACCUCCUCCGGUCGACGUUCAUCCCCACCGGCUACGACGAGGGGAACGAGACGAACCGAUCGAACACCAACGUGAUCCAAUGCAUAUCGAAGCUCCGCCGCGCCGGAAUCCGGCUCGAAACGAGCGAAAACGAUUCCUUCCUCGCCGUUGAAUUCAAUCGCGGAACGAUCCGAAUGCCGACGAUCACGAUCGAUGAUUUCAUGAGCUCGUUCUUGCUCAAUUGCGUCGCCUACGAGCAAUGCCACCGGUGGUGCUCGAAGCACGUGACGACGUACGCGACGCUCCUCGACUGUUUGAUCAACACGGCGAAGGACGUCGAGUACUUGUGCGAUCGGAACAUCGUCGAGAAUUAUUUCGGGACCGACGCCGAGGUCGCAAAGUUUAUAAACAACCUCGGGAAGGACGUGUCGUUCGACAUUGAUAUGUGCUAUUUGUCGGGUCUCUUCGACGAAGUUAACGACUAUUAUAGGAAUCAUUGGCACGUGCAUUGGGCGAGCUUCAAGUAUACGUAUUUUAACACGCCAUGGUCCUUCAUCUCGGCGCUCGCAGCCUUCAUUUUGCUCGUUCUUACCGUCGCGCAAACGUUUUAUACGGUUUUGGGUUAUGUCCGGCCGCCGGCUUAGCCUUAUUACAACCGUUUGGCUCGCUGCUCCCCGAAACAAAACAAAAUGUUUGUACUUAUAUAGAAUGUUUGUAUAUUGAAUGAUUGUUUGUAUCUUAAGUUAUAUACACGUUAUUGUAUUGAAUGAUAAAAUUCACUAUAGGUGUGGUAAUACA